GCCGGUUUACCCACGCCCCCCCUCUUCUCUUGUUGGUGGAAAUCAGAAUUUUUGAUCAUUUUCAACGUACUCUGGCCUCUGCUUAUAGACUCUGCGACAUUCCGUGCAGAGUGCUCCAGCGAAAGCCAUCAGAAUGGUUAUUCCUCCACCUGUUAGACCUCCAAGAAUUACAAACUAUCUAAAGCCUUAUGUCCUGAAGAUGCACUUUACAAACAAGUAUGUGAGUGCCCAGGUGAUACACGCACCAACGGCUACUGUUGCCUCUGCUGCAAGCUCACAAGAGAAGACAUUGAGGUCAAGCAUGGAUUCUACUCGCGAUGUGGCUGCUGCUGGAAAGAUUGGAAAAAUAUUGGGGGAGCGCCUGCUGCUCAAAGACAUCCCAGCUGUUGCUAUUCACUUGAAGAGAGAACAGAGGUAUCAUGGUAAGGUCAAAGCUGUCAUUGAUUCUUUGAGGGAAGUUGGUGUCAAAUUGCUUUAAAUUUUCUUUUGCUUCAUUAAGUGAAAUGUAUUGUUGAUUUUUUUCUAAGUUUGUAGUUUCUAGCAAUUCGAACGAUUUUCUAAGAGGAGUAUUUUGGGGAAGAUCAAAGGAAAAUGGAUGUUGGGGUUUGUGUAUUGAAUCUUUUGAUACCGUCCAAUGCGAUCAUGAUUGCGACUGGUUUCCUGGAAA